AAGGGGUUAUGUCAUGAGGAAUCAAAUUUUCCUUGAUCUUUUGACAUAUAAUAAUAAUAAUAAUAAUGUUUAAUUUAUAUAACAUCUUUCCAGAGCUCAAGCACACUUCACAAUAAAGAACAGUAGCAUAGUCAUAUAGACAAUCAUAUAGACAGUGAACAGUUGCCCAUUCCGGAACAAAAACAAAUGCAGUUGCAUAUAGCAGAUAUCAGAUCAUGCAUUCAAUUAGACAUUUCAAUCCAGUACAAAAGAACACAUAACAUCGUGUAGACAGUAUAGAAAAUGUAAGCAGUGUAGGCAGUAGCCUAAUCAGAAUACAGAUAAGCAUACAAAUACAAUGAGCAGUACAUGAAGCAUAUACACAUUAUGACUGAUAAUAUGGGGAGAACAAAUAGGUUGAGCUGAGAUUUGAAUUCAGAGAUAGAGGUAGUAGUUCGGAAAGCCAGGGGGAUUGAGUUCCAUAGCUUAGGUGCCACAACAGAAAAAGACCUGCCGCCCAUUGAAGAAAGGCGGAAUCUAGGAACAAGAAGUUCGCACCCAUAAGAUCGGAUUGAGCUAAUAGGAAUACAGGAAGAAAGUAAAUCAGAAAGGUAAGAAGGAGCUAGACCAUGGAGUGACUUAAAUGUAAACUGGAGAAUUUUGUAUGCAAUACGGCAUGUGACAGGUAGCCAGUGAAGUUUAAAUAGGAUGGGAUAUAUAAGAGGUCAUUGUACUAUAAGAACACACUGUAAGUUUCAGAACUCAAAAUUUCAUCAAUGCAAAAAGAGCAUUUGUUAAAACCAAGCUGUCAAAACGACUUGUUGACUACUUCCUCCACAUUUUGAUGUCACACUGUGAUAGAAAUUUGCAUCUGACCACCUCCACAACAACACAUCAAUGCCUACUUUUCUUUAUCACUUCCGUAACCCACCCAGUAGUGGAGAGCAGUGAGAUGGUAAGAAAAGAGCAGGUCAGUCAAGAGCAGUGAGCCAAUCAGAACAGUGGGCGUUUACUGUCAAGUCUUAAAGGAGACUUCUUCUUCUGCUCUUUUUUUCUGUUGUGGCGCUUAGCAAACAGUGUUGCAUUGACCCAUGACCCCUUUAAGGAAACUGGUCUCAGAAUAGUUUGAAAGACACCUUAUUUUCAUCCAACCUCCGUAUACAGCAUCCAAAGGCAGCUUUUUCCAUCUUUCUGAUGUUAUAGAUGUUUAAAUUCACGAGCAUCAACAUUUUAGACAGGGGAAAAAAAGCACUUUCAUACCUCACUCAAAGUCUGUUUUGUUGACAGUUUCUCAAAAUGCAGUACUGUUUUUCCUAAUAAAAUAAAAUACUAAAUAUCAACUGUAAUGUAUUAUAUUUUUUUUAUUUUAUUUUUUAUUUUUUAAAACAACAGAACCAAUAGAACACAGUCGAAUAGCUUUGAGGGUAACAUUCCCCCCACAAGAACUUUGUUUAACAAUCGUCAUUUUUGCAUCCAUAUCACCACAAGGGGAGCAGUAGGCCAAUCUCACUUGUCCUCACACAGUCUUUCUGGUCUCAUUAAGUUGAGCUAAUUGAUCCUUAUUAAUUUGUCUCUUGUCACGUAAGUUUUUGGUGACUUAUUGUGUUUCAUACUAAAACAUGAUAUUAAAUAACGAUAUUCAUGUCCGAUUCUUUCAUGUUAACGCAAAGGUUAUUGUGCGAUUCUGCUUUUCAGUCACAUUUUAGUGUAAUGCAGGUACAGCCAUGGCGAGGCACGUGUCUCAACGCCAUGUUAGUCAACUGCUUCAUAACAAGUUUGUUUUGGUCCUGGGUGACUCAAUUCAGCGGUCAGUAUACAAAGAUUUAGUGGUGAUGUUGCAACGAGACACAUAUUUAAGUUCAUCGCAGCUAAAAACCAAGGGUGAGAUUUCUUUUGAAAGAGAUUGCCUGGUGGAAGGUGGAAGGCUGGGUGAAAUGAAUAAUGGGACGACUUAUAGAGAAGUGAGGCAAUACCGGACAGACCACCACCUUGUACGGUUUUAUUUUAUUACCAGAGUUUUCUCAUGUUAUAUGGAGAGCGUCCUCAAUGACAUUGACAAUGGCAUGAAGCCAGAUCUGGUCAUAGUCAAUUCCUGUGUGUGGGAUGUUUCCAGGUACAGCCGUGAAUGGGCCUUGGAGUACAGGGAGAACCUCGAGAAGUUCUUCAGGCAGCUAAAGACCAUUUUGCCAAAAGAGAGCCUGGUGGUGUGGAACAUGACCAUGCCCCUGGGCAAGAAAAUCAUGGGAGGUUUCCUGGUGCCAGAGAUUCAGCACAUGGGUCCAGCUUUAAGAUUUGAUGUGAUCAACGCAAAUUUUUAUGGAGCCACUCUAGCCAGUGCAUAUGGCUUUGAUGUGCUGGAUUUGCACUUUCAGUUUCGCUUCAGCCUGCAUCACCGAACGCAUGAUGGAGUGCACUGGAAUGCUGUCGCCCACCGCAAAAUAACGUGUCUGCUGCUGGAACAUGUUGCACAGGCAUGGGGAGUGGAACUAUCAAUCUCUGACCAGCAUUGUGCAGAUACUCGCCCGCCGUUACUUGAGGGUCCCUUCCAGCAAACAGUUACUUCAAGUGAUCUGAAUCGCUAUCAAGGUCCAUUUCCAAAUAGUGACCAGAGAUACUUCAGUCCUGUGGAACCUGCCAUCCACUAUAACAACGGUCCAGCAUGGAGACAAGGCCAAAGGACGAGGCCAUAUGAUGGCUUUGGAGCACAGUUCUUCAAGGAUGAUUUACCUCCCCCCUUCACAGCAGGUUUCCACAGCUUUCACCUCUACAGAGGUGCUGUCAAUCCAACUGUUGCCCCCUAUUGGCCAGUGAACAACUUGGUCAUGAAACAGAGGCACAGAAGGCCAUAUAAUCCUUACACAAGAGAGAGACCAUGUCACUUCUACAAAUAUUAAACCCAUAGAGACAACUAAAUGUGUUUGACCAUAAUACAAAACAUUGUUCAUCACGUAAAAAUGCACAGAUUUUGCACGUCUAGUUAUAGAACAAAGCUUUUUCUGCUUGUUUAUCUCU